GUCCUCGGCCCGGUCUGGAGAUGAUGGGGCUGGGGAACGGGCGUCGAAGCAUGAAGUCUCCACCUCUCCUGCUGGCUGCCCUGGUGGCCUGCGUCAUUGUCUUAGGCUUCAACUACUGGAUUGCCAGCUCUCGGAGUGUGGAUCUCCAGACACGGAUCCUCGAGCUGGAGAGCAGGGUCCGAAGGGCGGCUGCCGAAAGAGGCGCCGUUGAGCUGAAAAAGAACGAGUUCCAGGGAGAGCUGCAGAAGCAGCGAGAGCAGCUGGACAAGAUCCAGUCCAGCCACAGCUUCCAGCUGGAGAGCGUCAGCAAGCUGUUCCAGGACGAGAAGGCUGCUUUAGUGAGCAACAUCACCACAAGUGAGAGGGUCAUCAGAGACCUGCAAGACCAGCUGAAGGCCCUGCAGAGGAGCUACGGCAGGCUGCAGCAGGACGUAUUCCAGUUCCAGAGGAACCAGACCAACCUAGAGAGGAAGUUCUCCUACGACCUGAACCAGUGUAUCAACCAGAUGAAGGAGGUGCAGGAGCAGUGUGAAGAGCGGGUGGAAGAGCUCACCAGGAAGGGGGACGCAGCUGCAGCUUCCAGGGGCCCGAGUGAAAGAAACAGCCAGCAUCAGCAGGCUCCCAAUGAGUCCCAACCCAGACUACAGAGAGCAGGCUUGCCACUGGCAACAGCACCACCAUCAAAAGGAAGCGGGUCCAGAAAGGGCAAGUCCCAGAUAGCAGACUCUCCUGAGGUGGUUUUGGAUUUGAAAGGGCAAAGAAAGAAAGAGGAAACCAAUGAGAUCCAGGGUGUGAGUGAGGAGGCGGCUCAGAGAGACCGUGGUGGACCACUGCGGGAGCCAGGCCAAGGACAGGCUGCAGAAGACCUGCCUGUGGGUGGCAGAGGCCUCGGGGGAGCUAGAGAAAAUGGCCACACCGUACAGGUGCCAGCUGCCCUGUUGGCGAACCCAGAAAACCAGGAGCCAGAAGAACCUGAACGGGACCAGCUUGUUAUCCGUGAAGGGCCAGAGGAACAAGUCGCUGCCGAGGGAGGAAGAAACCAGCAGAAGCUGGGGGAUGAUGAGGACUACAACGUGGAUGAAAAUGAGGCAGAAUCUGAAAGAGACAAGCAGGCAGCCCUUGCCGGGAGCGACAGGAACUUAAAUGUUUUUAAUGCCAAGAAGAGAAACAUCAUAAAUUUACUUGACCAGCGAGAUAAGCGGAAUCAUACACUCUGAAUCAAACUGGUAUCGCAUACUUCAUUGUCAGGACUGAACAGAUCACUACAAGCUAUUCAUGACUGACUGAGUACCCAAAGCUGUGUAAUGUACUAAGUAAAGUGUACAUCUAAAGAUGACUGUGUGAGUUUAGUAUGUACUUUCUGUAAGAAAAUUGGAACUGUCGCAACAAACAGGGACAGUAUUUCAGGGGUACUCUUUGUAACAGGAUCUCAGAAUCUGUCAAAGCUUUAUGGCUACCAAGUAUUUCAUGAGAAGGUCACUUAACAGAGAACAAGCUCUCCUUCCAAUAUGGCGACAGUGGAGCUUCUUUAUUCUGGAAUCUAAUUUUGUAUUUAGCAGGCUGUAAGAAGCCUAUCUGACAGGGAGGAGAUGGGCUGUGCAGACCCUGGUCUGGCUGGCUCCCUCUCGAGUCCUCUCCACAGUCCUCGCCUGCUGCUAGUGCCAGCCUGUCUGUCACUCCUGCUCCUGUGCCCUCCUCCCGACUGACCACACAUGGCCCCAAGCACUGACUGUUAGCACAGACAUCGUUAGCAGCAGUUUUAAGACUACUUGUAUAACGAGCUUUGUCAUUUUUAUGAGACACUACUGAUUUACAAUUUGAGCGUUACUUUGCUUACUUUGCCUAUGCGUGGGCAAAGCGAAAUCUCUUAUGUAUAUGUGAUCAAGAGGAACAAUGACUGAAUUAGACUUCUGACAACAGGGGCCAAAACAGAGCUGGCAUCCUCUGUGGCAUAACCAUGGCAGAGCCCAGCGCCGUGACAGCACUGAGGACAGAUCUGUACCCCCUUUAUCAUCAAGGUAAAAGAAACAAGUUGCUCGAUGCUAAAGUGUUAUGAAAUGGGAAUGUCUAGAAAGGCAAAAUAUGCUAUGUCUAUCUUUGUGUUUACACAGUUAGAUCUGGUAAAUAACUCAUAAAACUGAUUUAAAAACCCAAGGCUGAUGUUAAUUUUGACAAUGACUGCUUCAUCACAGUUUGGCAAUAAUGAAAGCGAGGUCUGACCUGAUUCUCCACACUGAUGCUAAAUAGACUCUUCCCACUUGUGAGUCACGCUGAUGGCUUGAUCUUCGGGACCAUUUGGUAACCACCUCACUUCUGGAGGAGAGUGGGCCCGAAGGUCCCAGAGCGUCUGGCUGCAGGGCUGGCCUCCCCAGAGGGUGCAGUCUCUGGCCUGCGGUCCACAAAGGCAGGCCCGUGUGUUCAUUCACGUGACAGUCUCCAACGUGCAUGUUCAUGUGCGUCUAAGAUUCAGCUUGUCCACUGAAAAGGCAACUAAAGAAAGUAUGGAAGUACCUUUAUAGACUUUCUCUUAAGUUGUUCUCUACUCUCCUUUUGUGUCCUGGUCUUAGUGCUGACAUGAAUUCUCUUGCUUUCUCAGUAAAGUAUUCACCUCAUGUUUAAUGUGUGUAAAGCUGCUGAGAAAUAAAGUACGCCAUUUGUU